ACAGCCCGGGAGCGGCGGCAUGGCCGGGCCGGGCCCCCCCGGGCCCCGCCGGGGCUCGGCCAAGGCCUGGGGGCUGCACCUCGCCCUCCUGGGGGUCCUGCUGGGGCUCCCCCCGCGGGGCCGGGCGGGGCCGGCAGGGCCACUGUCCCACGGAGAGCGGGUCACCCCCCACUGGCUCCUGGGGGGCCGUGCCCGCAGAGCCGUCAGCCUGCAGGAGCAGGUGCCGGCCCCUGCCCGGGCAGAGGUGGCUGUGACGGCCGAGGGCAAAGAGCUCGUGCUGGUGCUGGAGAGGAACCAGCUGCUGGCUCCGGGCUACACGGAGACGCACUACAGCGAGCAGGGCCAGCCCGUGACGGUGACCCCCAACCACACGGAGCACUGCCACUACCACGGCCACGUCCGCGGCCACCGCGGCUCCUGGGUCGUGCUCAGCACCUGCUCGGGAAUACGCUGGGCAGGCUGUGCAGGCAGGUGGGCUCUGUGGUGUCUGGAGGGUGCCCAGAGCCAAGGGCUGCCCCCCCUUGCUGAGCCCUGUGUCUGCCUGCAGGCCAGGAGGGAUGCCUGGAGGACCAUGAAGUACAUGGAGCUCUUCAUCGUUGCUGAUCACACCCUGUACAGGAACCAGAACCUCAACCUGGGCCACACCAAGCAGCGCAUCGUGGAGAUCGCGAACUACGUGGACAAGUUCUACAGGCUGCUGAACAUCAAGGUGGCCCUGAUUGGGCUGGAGGUGUGGACGGAGCGGGACCAGUGCUCGGUGAGCAGCGACGCCAACGCCACGCUCUGGGCCUUCCUGCAGUGGAAGAAGUCGCUGAGGGCGCGCAAGAAGCACGACAACGCCCAGCUGCUGACAGGGAAGACCUUCGGGGGCACCACCAUCGGGAUGGCCCCGCUGGAGGGGAUGUGCAGCGCCGAUAACUCCGGAGGGGUCAGCGUGGACCACGCGGAGCAGCCCAUCGGAGCCGCCGCCACCAUGGCCCACGAGAUCGGCCACAACUUCGGCAUGGUGCACGACGCCCAGGGCUGCUGCGUGGAGGCCACCCCGGAGCAGGGCGGCUGCGUCAUGGCAGCAGCCACGGGGCACCCCUUCCCUCGCGUGUUCAGCUCCUGCAGCAGGAGUCCUUCCCCCUGCGCUCUGUGCCUCAGUUUCCCCCCUUGCAGGAUGAGAAGGGCGAUGCUGGGAUGGGUGGGGAGGGGCUGGGGAAGGGAUGGGACCACUGCCCAUGGAGCUGUCCUCUCCACGCAGGAAUGCACCAACCCCUGCUGCAACGCCCACAACUGCACGCUCAAGGAGGGGGCCCAGUGUGCCCACGGCGACUGCUGCCACAGCUGCAAGCUGAAGGUGGCCGGGACGCUGUGCCGGGAAGCAGCGGGCUCCUGCGACCUGCCCGAGUACUGCACGGGAGCCUCCCCGUACUGCCCGGCCAACGUGUACCUGCUGGACGGCUCCUCCUGCGCCCGCGGCCAGGCCUACUGCAGCACCGGCAUGUGCAUGACCCACCAGCAGCAGUGCGUGCAGCUCUGGGGGCCAGGAGCGUGGCCGGCGCCCGACGCCUGUUUCCAGGACGUGAACAUGGCAGGGAACACCUACGGCAACUGCGGCAAGGACAGCCAGGGCCGCUAUGUCAAGUGUGACAAGAGGGAUGCCAUGUGUGGGAAGAUCCAGUGCCAGAGCUCUGCCAAGAAGCCGCAGGGCACCAACACGGUGUCCAUCGACACCACCAUCCGCUUCAAGGGCCGCGAGGUCAAGUGCCGGGGCACCUUCGUCUACAGCGCCAAGGACGACCAGGAGGACCUGUCCGACCCCGGGCUGGUCCUGACGGGCACCAAGUGCGGGGAUGGCAUGGUGUGCAAGGACCGGCGCUGCCAGAACGCGUCCCUGUUUGAGCUGGAGAAGUGCGUGUCCCGCUGCCACGGCCACGGGGUCUGCAACAGCAACAAGAACUGUCACUGUGACCCGGGCUGGGCGCCCCCGUUCUGCGAGAAGCCGGGGCUGGGUGGCAGCGUGGACAGUGGCCCCGUGCAGAGCCACAACCACGAGUCCAUCCUGAUCGCCCUGGUGGUCAUCUUCCUGUUCCUGCUGCCCGCCCUGGCGCUGAGCAUCUACUACUGGUACCGCCAGGAGAACUCCCUGCUCGCCAGGUGGAUCAAGGACACCAGGCACAGGGGCCACCAGGCCUGCAGGAAGAAGUCCACGGGUCGGAAGUCGAGCAGUGCCCAUCCCAAAGGUGCUUUCACCCUGAGGAACAUUUCAGCCUCCAGCCACCCCCCUGAGCAGGGCCCACGGACCGCGUUCCUCCCCAAGGCCGGCGCUGCCCAGCCCGGCUCUCAGCCCGUCAACGUCGUCCACCCGCUUCGCCCGGCUCCCCAUUCCAUCUCCCCCCGCCCCAGAGACCCCAAACCCGCCAGGCCCCCUCCCCCGGCCACCAAGUCACCCCUGGUCCCCACCAAAGCCGGCGCCUCCCAGGCCAAGCUCCCACCUCCGAAGAAACCUCUUCCCUGCAGCCCCGUGAGGAGCCCCCAGGUGGUCCCAAAGCACCAAGCCCCGCGCCGGCCGCUGCCGGGGAGUCCCCUCCUGGCCAAGGAGCUGCCCCCUGCACACGGACAGACCCUGCUGGUCAUGGUCCCUCCUUCCAACUUCAAGGUGUCGGGGACGAGUGGCUCGAGCCACCCCACGAGGCCGUUAAAACCGAUGCCACCUCAAAGGCCAGUCCCAGCCAUCAAAGUCCAAUCCACCUCCUUCUCCUCAAAGAAGUGACAGUCCCAGGACACCUGGCCCACCCUUCCUGAGCUGGCUCUCCUGAUUUGCACUGCUGUGGCCACAGGGCUCUCCCGUUCCUGUUGUAGUAACCCUUUUGAUACCAGAGGACUAUUUUUGUAAGACAGAAUUUGUAUUCAGCACACAAACUGUAGCGGUGGGGUGGGGAGGGGACGUUGGCACCACGGCUGGACCAGGGGUUGGUUGGAGGUGGGCUUCCCAUGAUGGAGAUCCCACCACGGCUCUUGGCACUGCUUCCUGGCCCAUUUCCCUCCCAGCUUCAGUUCUUUGGACAUUGCACACGGGCUGGGAUGGGCUGACUGGGGGAAGUGAACAUCCCCACCGAUGGAAGAUGCUGGUGACAGCGUGAUGUCCUUGCAGCUACCUCCUCCUCCUCCUCCUUCUCCUCCAGGCCUGCGAGCCCCAGCCGCUGCCAGCGCAGCUCCACGCCGGGCAUCGUCUCGGGGAGACGUUUGCCACGACAGAAACCUGGUGCCCAGGCUGGACUGGGCCACGCAGUGCUGGGACAUUUCCAUGAAGGAUCCAAGUUCUCAGGCUCCUCCUGACCUCCUGCCCCAUUGCACAAGGAAAAGCGGUGACAAUCCUGUGGUCACCUGGAAGGAGAAACUGUCUGGGAAUGUUUGAAUGCCCCAAGUGCCGGUGGCAGCUGCUUCCCAGGGUGCUUUUGAGGGCUCGGGAGCCCUCACUACGUUGCCUGUUCCCUGCUCCUGGGCCAAGCCCAGCAGAGGCUCCGGGAGCCGCUCACACUCCAAGGGGAAGGAGCCACAAGCCGGGAACAAGAGCAGGAAAACCGCCCGUGCCAUUGGCUUGUCCCAAGCCUUGGCCAAGCCACUGCAUUUCUCUGUGCCUCAGUCCCCCACCGGGGGUGUUUCCUACCUCCCAGGGCUGUUGUGAGGUUUGACAAAGGGAUUCCUGGAAUCCCCAACCCUCCAUCCAAGGUGCUGUUGACCUGCACAGUUUGUGCCACUUUCCUGUGACUUGACCUGCGGCUCGAUCAGGGUCUGAGACGACAACAGAGACUUUGAAAAGUC